AUGCAAUACGUGGAUCCGCCCGCGCAACAGGUGAUGAAUGUAAUGAGUGCAGUGCUUCUUCUGGUGCUUGGUGUGGCACCAGUUGGAGAGGAGCUGCCCCCAUACCCUCAGUAUCCAUCAUAUUGGCCACCAACUACAUCAACCACCGAAGACGCAAGGGAAAUUCAACGGCGUUGCGCGAAAUGCCGCUGUCCUAACUGCCUUACAGAAGCAGCUGGAUUUGGACCUAACUAUGGCAAGGAUGGCGCGAAGAGAGAGCAUGUGUGUCACGUUCCUGGAUGCGGGAAAGUUUAUGGAAAAACAUCUCAUCUAAAAGCCCAUCUCCGCUGGCAUACUGGAGAGAGACCUUUCGUGUGCAACUGGUUGUUUUGUGGAAAGAGAUUCACCCGUUCCGAUGAACUACAGCGUCAUCUUCGCACUCAUACUGGUGAGAAAAGAUUUGCUUGCCAGUUGUGUACGAAACGUUUCAUGCGUUCCGAUCAUCUCGCGAAACAUGUGAAGACACACGCGAAUGUAUCGAGGAAGACGAAAAAGGCUAAGGACGAUGAAAAGGAAUCGAUCGUUAAGUCUAAUGAUGAAAAACCAGAACAAAGACAGAUAACUGAACUAACACCUCCAUCUGUAGCUUCAAUCGGUAGUUCAAACUACGGGACAGUGCCAACAUUAAACGAGGGUCAGAAGCAGAUUUUAAAUUACGCAACAGUAGCCCCUCAUGUAAUGUCAGGUGCUCCAGCGAGUUACAAUAGUAGUGGUGUGUUCGCUAAUGGAAAUGUGGCUUACAGCAGUGGUUGGUACCCGGAGGUUCGUCAGGACUCAUUAUACUCCAGAGACCCUCGUUUCUACCAACAAUAUCCUUCACAUCUAACAUACCAGUGCGCUUCAAAGGAUAACUAUGUUUUUCAAGGACAUUAUAAUUUUCAACCACCAGUGGCCAUUGGACAGUGA